AUGGCUGUGCGGGAAGGAGGCGAUUCAGUAGGGAGGAACAGAUUCCUGCAAGGGACAAUCAGGAUUCGGAGUGAGGUCGCUUUACCCACUCAUUUGAGGCAUCGAACAAGCCAAGAUACCUUAGAUACACAUGAAAGAUGUGAGCCUUUUGACAAGCGACAGAAGCGAGUGAAUGUGGCAGAGGUGGUGAUAGCUGGGGAUGUGCAUUUGGUGUGCAGGAGAUGCCGGAUAUGCACAGCCAUCGACUGGUAUGAGGAGCAAUGCGGUCAAAUCAAAGUCAGUCCCGCAUGCCCAAAGUCGACCAAUGUCAUCAUCGUCAAGGUGGUGAAGCCUGCUCCCAAGGAGGAAGGUGGUGGUACGAUGCCGAUAUGCCGCGCCUGGCAUAGCAGCCCGCCAGCCCAACUGACUCCAAUUUGUUCUCCACUGGCCCUUCUUGCUCCUCCUACAUUCUAUCUUGUUGGGAUUUUGCCGGAAAGUUCUAGAAGGAGCAAUCCGGCAUCAUGCCGAGAGUUGCUGAAGUCCACCCUCCCCAUUCUCCUUGCCCAAGAAGCUGCUACAAACGCGGCAAAGAAGGCUUGCAGCCGGGCUCGCCAGAAGGUUGCGGACCUGGAAGUCGAAGUUGAGAUCACGCGACGACGCCAGGAAGCGGUACAAAGCUCAAUAGACUCUGCCUGGAAGGAAGUGCCCGGCUCUCACCAAGCACUUGUAGAGCAAGACAUGGUCAAGCAUGAAGCGUGA